AUGGUGAUCACUGGAUUAGGGUACGAGAUUCUGGUAGCCAUUGUUUUGCUGCUGUUGUCUCUCAGUCUCAGAUGGUUGCUCAAACAAAAGAACAAGAGCGUCAUACUGAACUGGCCAUUGCUAGGCUCUUCUCCUGUGCUCCUUCGCAACAUCCUCAAUCUGCACGACUGGUUCACCCAUGUCUUCAUCUCCCUCGGCACCUAUAGCUUCUACCUCAAGGGCCCCAUCUUUUCAAAGCUUGAUCAGUUCGUCACCUGCGAUCCCCAGAAUUUCGAGCACAUACUGAAAACAAAUCCUUCCAACUACCCCAAAGGGGAGGACUUCACAGAGGCGUUUGAUAUUCUUGGUGAUGGCAUUUUCAACGCGGAGGGCGACUCCUGGCAUGCGCAGCGGAAGACCGCACACUGGGUUUUCAGAUCGAUCGACUUCCGGAGCUUCGUCAGUAGCACCGUCCAGAAAAAGGUCGAACAGAAGCUCCUCCCCAUGCUAGCUCGUGUGGCCAGGGAAGGGACUACCGUCGAUUUCCAAGAUGUUUGUAUGAGGUUCACCUUCGACAGUAUUAAUAUCACCAUCGCCGGAAGAGAUUUAGGUUGCCUCUCUGAAGAGCUUCCCAUCAACGAAGUUGCCCAAGCGGUUGACGAUGCACAAGCAGCUAUACUUUUCAGGCUUUUUACGCCGACGUUUCUGUGGAAGCUGCUCCGUCUGCUGAGGCUUGGGCCGGAGAAGAAGUUGGCCAGAGCAUGGCAGUUGGCAGAUGCGUCCAUAUUGGAUAUCAUCUUACACAAGAAAGAACAAUUGCUUAAAGGAAUAGACACCGAAGAAAACUCUCUUUUGUCCAACUUCAUCAGAUCUCUGGGGGAGAAGAACGACUGGUCGGAGCCGAGGGUGAAGUUCCUCAGGGACACGGUGCUCAACUUUUUCAUGGCGGGACGAAACACUACGGCCUCAGGCAUUAUCUGGUUCAUCUGGCUGGUUUCCAGAAACCCUCGUGUGGAAGAAAAGAUCCUGCAAGAGUUAAGGCUGGUGGUGUCUGAUAAGCUGAAGGAAGGCGGRGUUGAAUACAAGAAGCCAUGGGUGUUCGACUCAGAAGAUUUACGAGAGUUGGUGUAUUUGCAUGCAGCAUUAUGUGAGUCUCUGCGGUUGUGUCCACCGAACCCAGUGAACGUGAAGGGUGUCGUGAAGGAAGAAGUGCUCCCAGAUGGUAGSAUCGUCAAGCCAGGGAUGCAGGUAAUACUGUCCAUGUAUGCGGUCGGGAGGAUGCCGUCGCUCUGGGGGGACGACUGCCUGGAAUUCAGGCCGGAGAGAUGGAUCCGUCCGGAUGGGACGCUGGACAAGGACAAGAUUUCCAAGCUAUUAUUCGCCUUCAGCAUUGGACAGAGGUCUUGCUUAGGCAAAAACAUGGCUCUCACCAAUAUGAAGCUGGCUGCUUCAGCUGUGCUCUUCAACUUCCAGAUUCAAGUGGUCGAGGAUCAUCCUAUUUCCUACAAACCGGCCAUCAUGCUUGAGGUGAAGGAUGGGUUGAUGAUCAAAGUGAAAGAAAGGGCGAGUUGGUUCUAA